AUGAGCGGGCAGCGCGUGGACCUCAAGGUGGUUAUGCUGGGCAAGGAGUACGUGGGUAAGACGAGCCUGGUAGAGCGAUACGUGCACGACCGCUUCCUGGUGGGGCCCUAUCAGAACACCAUCGGAGCCGCCUUCGUGGCCAAGGUGAUGUCUGUCGGAGAUCGGACAGUGACUUUGGGCAUUUGGGACACAGCAGGCUCUGAGCGCUACGAGGCUAUGAGCCGAAUCUACUAUCGAGGUGCCAAGGCUGCCAUCGUCUGCUAUGACCUCACAGACAGCAGCAGCUUUGAGCGGGCAAAGUUCUGGGUAAAGGAACUGCAAAACCUAGAGGAGGGCUGUCAGAUCUACCUGUGUGGCACCAAGAGUGACCUGCUGGAGGAGGACAGGCGGCGUCGACGUGUGGACUUCCACGAUGUCCAGGACUAUGCAGACAAUAUCAAAGCUCAGCUCUUUGAAACAUCCAGCAAGACAGGCCAGAGUGUGGACGAGCUCUUCCAGAAAGUGGCAGAGGAUUACGUCAGCGUGGCCGCCUUCCAGGUGAUGACAGAGGACAAGGGCGUGGACCUGGGCCAGAAGGCAAAUCCCUACUUCUACAGCUGUUGUCAUCACUGA